UUCUCUUUCUUCGGCCGAAAAUUCUCCUGGUGGGACUUCUUCCGAUUUCGCAGUUGCCUUCCCAGGUACCCAUCUCCGGUGAUGGAGGUGGAGGAACGGGACGAGGAGGAGACUACCAAUUCGGGGAACCUCCCUUCGGAGUCGGCUUGGAGUAGAGAGAAUGAGGUUGCGUCGUCCUCAGCAGAUAAACAAAGACCAUCUCAGAAGGAAACGAUUACUUAUUCUUCAAAGAAUUAUGGCAUGGCUCCAAACGUACUACCAAUAGGUGUGCCACGGAGGAAGGCAGCAAGUGAGCCCCCAAUCCCGACUUUAACAGCUACCACUGGACAUGCGAAGAAGCUAGGCCACCGGGGAGUUGAUGCUUCUGGAGAAACCACCUACAAAAAGACCACCUCCUCUACCCUUCGGGGGGCCAUCCAGUUAGGAAUUGGCUACACUGUAGGCAACCUGAGCUCCAAACCAGAGAGAGAUGUCCUCAUGCAGGAUUUUUAUGUGGUGGAGAGCAUCUUUUUCCCCAGCGAAGGAAGUAACCUUACUCCAGCUCAUCACUAUGCUGACUUCAGAUUCAAAACCUAUGCACCAGUGGCUUUUCGAUAUUUCCGGGAGCUCUUUGGUAUUCGUCCAGACGAUUAUUUGUAUUCUUUGUGCAACGAACCACUGAUCGAACUUUCCAACCCAGGUGCCAGUGGCUCCCUCUUCUAUGUCACUAGUGAUGAUGAGUUCAUCAUUAAGACUGUGAUGCACAAGGAAGCAGAGUUCCUACAGAAGCUGCUUCCUGGCUAUUACAUGAAUUUAAACCAGAAUCCCAGGACCCUGCUGCCUAAGUUUUAUGGGCUAUACUGUGUUCAGUCUGGAGGGAAAAACAUCCGGGUAGUGGUAAUGAACAAUAUCCUUCCCCGUGUAGUAAAGAUGCACCUCAAGUUUGACUUAAAGGGCUCUACAUACAAGCGACGGGCAAGCAAGAAAGAAAAGGAGAAGUCCAUCCCCACGUAUAAAGACCUGGACUUUAUGCAGGAUAUGCCUGAAGGGCUGAUGUUAGAUGCUGACACUUUUACUGCACUGGUGAAAACUCUACAGAGAGACUGUUUGGUUUUGGAGAGUUUUAAGAUCAUGGACUACAGCCUAUUGCUGGGAGUACAUAACAUUGACCAGCAGGAACGGGAAAAGCAAACAGAGGGAGACCAGAGCACAUCUGAUGAGAAGCGUCCAGUUGGCCAGAAGGCACUCUACUCUACAGCGAUGGAGUCUAUCCAGGGUGGGGCUGCCCGGGGGGAAUCUAUAGACACUGAUGACACGAUGGGUGGGAUCCCAGCCGUGAAUGGCCGAGGAGAACGUCUACUUCUACAUAUAGGAAUAAUUGACAUCCUACAAUCAUACAGAUUCAUCAAGAAGCUGGAGCACACUUGGAAGGCUCUUGUUCAUGAUGGGGACACUGUCUCUGUGCACCGCCCCAGCUUCUAUGCUGAGAGAUUUUUCAAGUUCAUGAGCAACACAGUCUUUCGGAAGAGCUCCUCUCUGAAAUCAUCGCCAUCGAAGAAAGCUAGAACCACUUUGCUGACAACCAAGGCCUUUGGACCAUCAGCUGCCUUCUCUGCCAGCCAGCUUCCUAAUGAGAGAGAAGAAACACAGUAUGACUUACGAGGAGCCAGGAGUUAUCCCACACUGGAGGAUGAAGGUACUGUUGACUUUACCUUCUUUUGGCCUAAUGUGAUAGUCAAACUACAGAACUGUUCUUUUCUAGAACUCUCCACUGAACUGGUCCAAGAGAAUGAAUCAAAAGUAGAAGAAAUUGAACAAUGGGCACAAUCUUUUCCAGAUCUGACCAAAGAAUCACCUACUCUGACAGCUGAUAAGGACCUCAGCAGCCUAGUCUAACCUAAAUAGGAGAAGAAUCCCCACUAGGACAUAGUUGACAAGUGGUCCUCCAUUCUGUGUUUUAACAGCUCUAACAUGGGGAACUCUCCACCUCUCCAGGCAACCCACACCAUUUUGGGACAACUCCAAAAGUCCCUAGAGAAGAAUUGAUGGUUCCCUUUUUAUUUAUUCUUCAUGUAUUAAGCACCAACCAUGUGCAAGGCACUUUAUUAAGUGUGGGAAACACAAAGGUGAAAUAAGGUCAUCCCUGCUAGUAUUAAGGAUAUUCCCAGGCUAGUUGAGGGAAGCAGGGCAUGUACACAAAUAAGCAUGCUACAAGAGAAGAAUGUUGUGAAAAGGUGCAAAAGAAGGGUCCUGGUUGUGGUCCAGAAGUCUACAGACAACAGAAAUGGCAACUUGUGUUUCAGUCAUAAUGUAAGGAUCACCAUGCUUUCCUCACAGCAACCCUUUAAGAUAGGUAAUGUUUUUGAAAAAUAUUUUUUGAG